AGUCUGGCGGUGGCAUCGGUGGCGUUCGGACGUGUCUGAAAAUUAUUUAACAUUAUUUUUUACGAUUUGUGAUACCGUUUUUAUAACCAUUUAAAAAAGACAUUAUAAAACGUGUUAUUAUAUUUUUUGGAAACAUACUGUGCUGUGUUUGUGAUUUUUUGAGGAAUAUCGAAUUGACUGUGUUUGGAAUUUUAUAAUCAGAUCUACAAUGGUGACUGAUUAGAAGAAGACGAAGUUGUUAACAUGGCUAAAGACAAUAAAGACCCAAAUAUGCUUCAGAGCAACAAAGAAGAAAGAUUACCGGUAGUCAAUGAUAUAAAAGACGAAACGAAAGAGAGAAUGAGAACAACAAUCAAUUUCACCAAUUAUUUGGUUGUAAACAAACCUAAACACAUCCUAUACGACAAUUUAAGAUAUAGAGAAGACGUAUCUAGAAGAAACUUAAUAAAAAAAGAAUAUAAUUUCUACAACUAUUGUAUUCUAAGUGUUAUAAUUAGUUUUAUUUUCGGGUUACUAAUAGGAGUUGUUUUAGUGAGCUCGUCACAGGCACAUUUAAAAAAUCUAAGCUCUAGAAAAUUAGUGAAAAUCAAUAACAGUAAUCUAGCUACAAGAACAUUAAAUAGUCUUAAGUAUGAUUUGAAUGAGAAGACUGAUUUCAAUAGUUUAGAUAAUGAUAAGAAAAUUGAUGGCAAAUUCGAAACAGUGUCGUUCACUGGUGAUGUUGAGAAACAUAAAUACAAAAAAGAUGUGUAUCCUAAAGGACUGACUGAAGACAUGAAAGAUAUUCUAAAAGAUAAUAAAAUGACUGUUCAUAAACAUACUAUUAAUGUUGUUAAUAAUAAAACGAAGUAUGUACCUGACGAGUUUACUGUGCUUUAUGACAACGUCUAUUGGGGCCCAGAAGUUGAAGAUAUGAUGCCUCAAGGUUACGGUGAGAACACAGCAGAGAUUUGGGAGAAAUACGUCAGUCAAAGUGAAGUUGUGAAGAUGGAAGCAGGUUGUGGUCGAAUGCAGAAUAGAUUAGUUACAUUCAAGGAUGGAAUUCAGGCUUGUGUCCGCUAUAGACAGAACACAGAUCAAAUACAAGGUGAAAUAUUCAGUUUUUACGUUGGAAGGCUAUUGAAUUUGACAAAUUUAGCACCAUCUGUCGUGAAAGUUGUUGAUCUGAAGGAUAAGUUAUGGCAAAACGUUGCGGCUGAUAUUGCUGCUGCUCAAUGGAACACGAACAGAGCUGUUGUGAUUACGCAAUAUAUUCCUAGUCUUGAGUCGUCCACGAUCCCGGAUAUUUUCAAACCAUCAAAUAGACAUCUGAAUAAAAAUGAUGUAUUACAAUUGUCGUUGAAAGAGAACAAUACAGUGGAAAAUUCAAAAGAAAUAUUGAUUGAAAAGUUGAAAUCGAAAAAUGUGACGCCAUCUCAAACUAAAGCUGAAGACUUCGAUCAUAUUUAUAUGGUUUUAAAUAAGAAAGUCAUAAAAUCAUUCGUAGAACUAGCACAGUGGUCAGAUUUAAUUAUUUUUGAUUAUUUAACGGCAAAUUUAGAUAGGAUUGUUAAUAAUUUAUUCAAUUAUCAAUGGAACGUAAAUAUAAUGGAUGGACCAGCUCACAAUUUGGCUCGCAAAAUGGACAGUGGUCUACUUGUGUUUUUAGACAAUGAAUCAGGGUUACUACAUGGAUAUAGACUGUUGAAGAAAUAUAAUGUGUACCAUAGUGUAAUGUUAGAUAAUUUAUGUGUAUUUAGGAAAAGAACAAUAGAUUCAUUAAAAAGUUUGUACGAAAGCAAGUCUGUGGGUAAUAAACUCAGUGAUAUGUUUCAUAGUAAAAAUAACGCUGUAAUUAGGGACAUCUUGCCAACUUUGCCUGAGAAAAAUGCUAAAAUAUUGCACGAGAGGAUAGGGAAAGUACUCGGCCAAGUUGAAAAGUGUGAACAGAAAUUUUCACAAAGAUAGCUAGCUGCUCUAGAUUUUAAUAAGUUCUGUUUCCAGUUACCGCCGACAUUUUGGAAAAUAUCAUUCUUAGUUUUUUAUGAAAUAAUUUUCGUUGAGGGUUUUCUACUAGUAUUAAAUACUGUAUCCAUGGUAGUAAAAGCAGAAUGACAUCACCAAGACGUAAAAUCUGAUCAAAAACGGUUUUAAAUUCAAAUUUACUUUUAAAUGGAUUUGUUAUAUAUGUCACACAUACUUUUUUAAUUUAUUUUUGGAAAAGUUCUGGAAUCGAAUUAAGAGUACGUACUACUCACUAAUGACAAUACUGUACGUCGGCGUGAGACGUGAAGAGAAAUUAAUUCAGCCGUACUGGCAUGGUCUUGAUAGCUCAGUGGUCUCGGAUAGAUAGGGGCGUGGGUUCAAUUGCCGCUCGAUUUUUUCAUUAUUAUUUUUAAAAUUUACUUACCCAGGUAUAGAAAAAUUGUACUGAGCAAAAUUGCAUCUAGACCAGAUGUCAGCAAAAAUAAAAUCGAACCUGGGAUCUUUAGGCGUUUGAAAAACUGGGCCAUCACCGCUUCAUAACUCUAUGAAUUAAUGAAAUUUUGGUUGUGCUGGCAGUUUUCUUGACCUCACGUUUCACUAACGCCAUCUAGUGGGGGAAAAUCCGCGAAUCCUCAUCAUUCAGCCGUUGUCAAUAUGAAAUUUUAUUAAUAAAUAGUUUUAUUUUAUUAAUGAGUGGGAACAGAACUUUUUAAUGCUGCUUAGAAGUGAUAUAAUAAGCAUUUUUCGAUACCAAAUAAAUAGUAACUUAUUGUAAAAUAUAUUAAUAAAUAUAAAAACGUGCCAGUUUAUUUACGGUGAUAUUUAAAAAGUAAAUUGUAAAUAUUUUUUUUAUGAUUUGUCACAGAUUGUAGGUAGAGUAGAUAUUUUUAUAUGUUUCAAGUUUUGUUUACAUUGUGUAAAUGGUGAUUAUAAUACAAUCACACAACUCAUGAAUAAUAUAAAAAAAAUAUUUUUCGACUAUAACAGUCUACGCUACAAUUGUAUGAGAAGUGAUAAUUAUGUAAAUAUUAUGUAUAAAAAAUUUAAUUGUAACAAAUAAAUGAAUUUCAAUGAA